CAAACGUCCGGCACUACAACUCCCAGCAGGCAAAGCGAGAUUGUCCCGGAUGCGCAGCAGCGAUGGGGCCGAUGUGGAAUUGACUAGCGCUGCCAUGUUUGUGCGGGGCGCGCCGCCGCCUUCCCCGCUGCGGCGGCCAUCUUUGUGCGGGACGCUGUUCGCCCUCCGCUCCGCCGACUUCUUUUUUUCUUGAAUAAGCCGGCGGCCCGGUGGAAGGUGGAGGGGCCGGUUGGGGGCGCGCACGCGCAGUGAGUGGGCGGCGACUGUCCGCCGGGCUGCACAAUGGGGCUGCUGGUGGCGUGGACGCUGCGGGUGGCUGCCUUGUCCCAGCUUGUCCUCAGCCCGGGGAGCAGCGCCGCAGGUGCAAAAUGGAAACAUUUCAUCGACCAGAUUGACAGAGCAGUGGAGGGCUACAGACCAUGUAUAAGGGAGAAUUGCAGCUGCUACCAAAGUGUUAGGGAGCAGGACUUGGCUCUCUUUCAAGGAGGCAUCUCCAAGGAGCUGCUGUCCGAUGUGGUUAGCCGGAAGCUUGGGACGCACUACCAGAUCAUCAAGAACAAGUUGUACCGUGAGCAUGACUGCAUGUUCCCUGCUAGAUGUAAUGGGGUCGAACAUUUCAUUCUGGAGAUCAUCGGCCGCCUCCCGGACAUGGAGAUGGUGAUCAAUGUGCGAGAUUAUCCCCAGGUCCCCAAGUGGAUGAAGCCAGUCAUCCCAGUAUUCUCCUUCAGCAAGACUUCUGAGUACCAUGAUAUCAUGUAUCCUGCCUGGACGUUUUGGGAAGGGGGACCAGCUGUUUGGCCAAUUUACCCGACAGGUCUUGGGCGCUGGGACUUAAUGAGAGAGGACCUCCGAAGAUCUGCAGAAAAAUGGCCGUGGAAGAAAAAAAUCUCCAAAGGAUAUUUUCGAGGAUCCAGAACAAGUCCUGAGAGGGAUCCCCUCAUUGUUCUGUCUCGAGAGAACCCAGAACUCGUCGAUGCUGAGUACACUAAAAACCAGGCCUGGAAAUCUGAAAAAGACACUCUUGGGAAACCGCCUGCGAAGGAAAUUCCUCUGGUCGAUCACUGCAAAUACAAAUACCUGUUUAAUUUCCGGGGGGUAGCAGCCAGUUUCCGCUUCAAACACCUCUUCUUAUGUGGCUCAUUAGUCUUUCACGUAGGGGAAGAGUGGCUGGAGUUCUUCUACCCACAGCUGAAGCCUUGGGUACAUUACAUCCCAGUCAAACCAGACCUCUCUGAUGUCAGGGAGCUGUUGCAGUUUGUGAAAGAAAAUGAUGAUGUAGCACAAGAAAUUUCAGAGAGGGGGCACCAGUUCAUCAUGGACCACUUGCAGAUGGAGGAUGUCUCUUGUUACUGGGAGACUCUGCUGACUGAAUACUCUAAAGCUCUGACUUACAAAGUUAAGAGGAGGAAAAACUAUGAUGAGAUUGUCUCCAAACACUUGAAAACAGAACUUUAAAACCAUUGUGAUUCUCUUUCCAAUUCAAGGCCUGGGACUGGUGGUCACUGAAAAUCCAAAAACUAGUGUACCUUCUGUUACUCUUCUUCCCUCCGAUUUAUUAUCUCAUACUCUAAAGCAGUGGUUCUCAACCAGGGUCCGCGGACUAUGUCUAAAGUGUCCAUGAAAGACUUAGACUGAAAACUGGCUGAACAGAAUUCAGCUACACCUCUACCCUGAUAUAACGCGACCCGAUAUAACAUGAA